GACUGGGUGAGUGCGGGAGGGCGGGAGCUGUUUGUUUUUCAGAGCGGAGCGGCUCCCUUUCUCCUUCCUCCUUCUCCCCCUCCUUCCAGCCCCGAGCCGCCGGGUAGUUCCGGGCGCAGGUCCGGGCGGGGAGGCGGGGCGGGCUCCCGCGCCGGCCGGGCGGGCCGAGGAGUCUCUGCCCCUUCCUUAAGCGACAACUUUUAGAGCAAACCACAAGGCGGGAGGAGGGGUUUGUCCCGCGGCGAGAGAGGAGGAGGAGGAGGAAGUAAGUGAGGGGAGGGCCGAGGCCGGAGGGGCGGGGGGGCUUUUUCGUGCCGCCCCCGCCGCCGCUGCUGUCCCGCUCCCGCCGCGGUCCCCUGGGAGAGCUGUGGGCCCGGCACCGGAGGAACGGGCUGCGAAGGAGGGAGGAGCGCGGAGCUGCGGGAGCCUGCAGCCCGCUCCGUCCUGGGGGCGCGGCGGGGAGCCGGCUCUAGUUCACGGAGCUCCUCUCUGCUAGGAGCUGCUGUUAAUCGUCUACCAUGAGGAUCCGUCUGGCGAGAAGAUGGACGUGGGUCCGCAAAAGCUGCGUAUUUCUCGGCUUCUUGAUGAUCGCUUACUUUGUGGUCGAGCUAUCGGUUUCUUCCUUCGGUGCUUCUCUCGCCGGGGAGAGCAUCACCAAAGGGAAAUGGGAGAGGCGCUUUUCUGACAGAGCAGAAGAAGCUGUGGAUUUGGCUCGCCCAGUUUAUGACAAAUCUGCGCCUGAUCCUUAUGCCCCAGGAGAAUGGGGCAAGCCCUCUCGCCUGCAGCUGAGUCCUGAGGAAAAGAAACAGGAAGAAGAUCUGAUUGAGAAGUAUGCAAUUAAUAUUUAUUUGAGUGAUAAAAUCUCUCUCCACCGGCACAUUGAAGAUAAUCGACUGAAUGGGUGUAAAACCAAGUCUUACGACUACAGAAAACUGCCCACAACAUCUGUUAUAAUCGCUUUUUACAAUGAAGCCUGGUCAACGUUGCUGCGGACAAUACAUAGUGUUCUUGAAACAUCACCUUCAGUGCUUCUAAAAGAGAUUAUACUGGUGGAUGACUUGAGUGACAAAGUGUAUUUGAAGACUGAGCUUGAAAAAUACAUAAGCACUCUGAAAAGAGUCCGUUUGAUAAGAACCAACAAACGAGAAGGAUUGGUUCGUGCACGCUUAAUUGGCGCUACCUUUGCGACCGGUGAUGUCCUCACAUUUCUAGACUGUCACUGUGAAUGUGUGUCUGGCUGGCUGGAACCGCUGCUCGAGAGGAUUGCUGAGAAUGAGACUGUUAUUGUUUGUCCUGUCAUUGACACCAUUGACUGGAAAACAUUUGAAUACUAUAUGCAGACGGCAGAGCCCAUGAUUGGAGGGUUUGACUGGCGGCUGACAUUCCAGUGGCACUCGGUGCCUAAACAUGAGCGUCUCAGGCGCAAAUCUGAAACUGACCCAAUCAGAUCCCCAACUAUGGCUGGUGGCUUGUUUGCUGUCAGCAAGAAGUAUUUUGAGUAUCUGGGUACCUACGAUACAGGAAUGGAUGUCUGGGGAGGGGAGAACUUAGAACUGUCAUUUAGGGUUUGGCAGUGUGGAGGCAUGUUGGAAAUUCAUCCGUGCUCCCAUGUAGGUCAUGUGUUUCCAAAGCGUGCACCCUAUGCUAGACCAAAUUUCCUUCAGAACACAGCACGCGCUGCUGAGGUGUGGAUGGAUGAGUACAAAGAGCACUUCUACAACAGAAACCCUUCAGCAAGAAAAGAAAACUAUGGGGAUAUUUCUGAAAGAAAGAUAUUAAGAGAGCGUUUGAAAUGCAAGAGUUUUAACUGGUAUUUAAAGAACGUAUUUGCUGAGUUGCACGUACCAGAAGAUCGUCCUGGUUGGCAUGGUGCUAUCCGCAGCACGGGAAUAGCUUCAGAAUGCCUUGACUAUGUCUUACCAGAACAUAAUCCUACUGGGGCUCACCUUUCUCUCUUUGGAUGUCAUGGUCAGGGAGGCAAUCAAUUUUUUGAAUACACAUCAAAUAAGGAGAUUAGAUUUAAUUCUGUAACUGAGCUAUGUGCUGAAGUCCCUGAGCAUGAAGAUUUCAUAGGCAUGAGAAGCUGCCCAAAAGAUGGAUCUCCUGUCCCAGAAAUUAUUAUAUGGCAUUUCAAAGAAGAUGGGACUAUUUAUCAUCCUCAUUCAGGAAAGUGCCUUACUGCUUAUCGUACGACUGAGGGGCGUGCUGAUGUGCAAAUGAGAACUUGUAAUGCUGCAGAUAAAAAUCAGAUUUGGAAAUUUGAGAAAUAAUCACUGCUGGGAGUACAAAUUGAAUGGACUGAAAUCUCCAGAGGUUUUAUGUGUGUGAGCAGAUAGCAAUUUUGGUUGUAUUCCAAGGUAUACAGUUACGACUUCAUAACUGAACGUCACAUCUGAAUGUCUUCAGAUGUGUUUGUAGUGGUGUAGAAACUAUAUUUUCUGUGGUGAACUGUAUGGAAAGCAGAAGUAAAUACUGGGGUUUAUUUUCUAAAUCACUGAAUACAGAUCUGAUGCCUUUUGUUUUUAUGAAAUUUUGAUCUAUUAUUUUCUUACUUUGGUCUGUCUUGAUUAUGGUAAAACAAAGGCUUUUGAGUGGACUGAGGGGGUAUUUUAAUUCUUAAAAAAAAUUAUGCACAUUACCUUGUAGGUUUAAUGUUACAUGAAAGUAAAGCAUCUUUACCUACCAAAAGUAAAAGUUCAGGUUUUUUUGUGGUGGAAUUAACUGUCCUGUGUUGCAGAUACAUGGUAACAUGUGUCUAACACCCUAAGUAAUGCUACAGUAGCAUGUGUUUGAGUCAGCAUUGAUGUGGAAAGU